AAAAUACCAACCUUCCAGUUAGGAGAUGGCCCACUCUACCUCCUGAGUCACAGCCGCCCUAUAUUCUCAAAAUCCCAGCCUAGCUGAGAGCACUAACUUCCGUCACCAGAAACUAAGACGCCACUAUGUGGUUAAGGACUUUAAUUUUCGCAUCUGUUAUGGUCCCAUGGGUACUGUUUUCUGCAGCAAAAGAUGAACACAUGGAAGAAAGAAACCCUAAGAAAGACAUUGUAAACUUUCCAGACUAUGGCUUUCUUCAAGACUCAGACACUGACUCAGCAGUAGCUCCAAAACCCAAUGAACUGCCAACAUGUCUUCUGUGUGUUUGCCUGCUUGGAUCCGUUUACUGUGAGGAGGUGGUGCCUGAAAUAUCAGCUGUCCCAGCACUUCCAAAAGAGACUGCAUACCUCUAUGCACGUUUCAACAAAAUUACUAAAAUAAGCAAUGAAGACUUUGCAGACAUGGCUACAUUAAGAAGAAUUGACCUAACUGGAAAUCUCAUCACUGAGAUAGAAGAUGGAGCAUUUUCAAAACUUCCCAAUCUUGAGGAGCUCAGUCUUGCAGAAAACAGACUGACCAAGCUUCCUCCACUUCCCACCAACCUGAUUUCAUUCAAUGCCAAUUUCAACAAACUAAAAACUCAGGGUGUCAAGGGAACCACUUUUGAAAAACUCACAAGACUAACAUAUCUUUACCUUGGAAACAAUGAACUGACAGUAGUGCCCCAGCUUCCAGAGUCUCUUCAUGUUGUGCACCUGCAUAACAACAAGAUCUCAACAAUAACAGAUGAGACAUUCUGCAAAGGUGAUGAUAUUCAUUACAUCCGCACCAACUUGGAUGAGGUGAGACUUGAUGGGAACCCUCUUACGCUGUCACAGCACCCUAACAGCUUCAUCUGUAUGCAGUCUCUUCCUAUUGGAUGGUAUAACUGAGUGUCAGAGCAGUGGUAAACAUUAGGGGGGAA